AUGGCCAAGUCCCGCUCCACAUCCACGAAGAAGUCACGCAAGAAGGCCGCUCCACCACCACCGCCGCCAGUCGUGAAGCCUGUCAGUACGAUUGAUGAUCUCCAGCGGGUCGUUACGUCACAUGCAGGCUCUGCACUGCUUGUUGUAGUGAGUCCUCUAGAUGCAGCUACCACGAACACCGUCGUCGAGGCAAUGGAGAGACUGAAUAGCAGUCGAUCGGCAUUACUGACGGAUAUCAACAUCGCUGUCUGCUACGCCCUUCCGACGACUUCGGAGGUGUGCCGCUCGCUUGGCGUGACCGCGGUGCCGUUUGUGCAGAGCUACUCCUACGGCGAAGUCGUCGGCGAGUUCAUUGGUGACAACACAGAGAAAAUGGAGCUACUAGCAAAAAUGGCCGCAACCCAGGCCACCGUGAAGGCUGCCCAGCUAGCUGAGGAGGAAAAGCAGCGGCAAGUCGCCGCAGCAGAGGCACAGGGGGAUGCUGCUGCCGUAGCGGCUGCUGCGUAA